UUCUCACCCCCAACAGCACCAAAUUAAAACCCUAACUAUAUUAAAACUCCCACCCCCACCACACUCCUACCCCGCCGCCGACGCUCCAUCCCCACUACUGUUUCUUCCCCAAUUUCGCAUGUUGUCAAUGAAGCUCUUCGCUUUGUGUGGUCCUGUCGCAGAAACCAUUGCAUAUGAUUCUGUUUUGGAAGCAGCGAUGAAAGUUCAACAGUUUCAGCAGAGAAAUUUGUUGCUCCAUGGUGCUUGGAGGUGGUUAGUAACUGAAUUUGCAUCAUACUAUGGAGUCUCAGAUGCAUACACAAAACUAAGAUAUCUUACUUAUGUCAUGGAUGUUGCGACGCCUACAGCGGACUGUCUGAACUUGGUAUAUGAAAUGCUGCUACCUGUGGUCUCUAAACCUAAGAAUAGCCUAAGUCAUCAAGAGAAUCGUAUUUUAGGAGAAGUUUCUGAGAAGAUCGAGCAGAUCGUUGCUCUAGUUUUCGAGAACUACAAGUCCUUAGAUGAAUCAUUACCAUCGGGGAUAGAGAAUAUGUUCAAACCUGCUACUAGAGUUGCAGCUCCUGCACUCUCUCCUGCUUUGAAGCUGUAUAGUCUUCUUAACGAUAUACUUUCUCCAGAGGCCCAGUUGAAAUUAUGCAGAUAUUUCUAGACUGCUGCGAAGAAAAGAUCGAGAAGGCACCUGACAGAAACAGAUGAAUUUGUCUCCAACAACAAUGAUAACGUAUUAAUGGAUCCUAUGGCUCGGUCCACAGCUUACUAGAAGAUGGUAUCACUUUGUUUGAAUAUCAGAAAUGAAGUUCGUACCGACAUAAAGAUCAAUAAUCAAAAUAUACUUCCGAGUUUCCUGGACCUCCCAAAUCUUUCGUCAUCCAUAUACUCCACGGAGCUAUGUAGCAGAUUGCGUGCAUUUCUUGUUGCAUGUCCUCCCACUGGUCCCUCAUCUCCUGUAGCAGAACUCAUUGUCGCAACAGCUGAUCUUCAGAAGGAUUUUAGUGCCUGGAGCAUCAGUCCUGUCAAAGGCGAAGUUGAUGCAAAAGAGUUGUUUCAUCCGUAUAUUACCCUGUGACGACAUCUUUCUAGCUUGCAUAUUAGAAGAUUGAUCUCUUGCGUUGCAGUAUAUGAGAAUGUGAACCUCUUUCCUUACCUUCUUACUUACCUUAUGAUGCAGUGGGAGGAGUGUAUGUUCAAAGAUAACAUUUUUUUUUGUAGAUUCUUUAUUCUAACCCUUGCUUGAAUUAGUGUAAUUGUUGUGUAAGGAUCAACAAAAAAGACCAUAUAAUAUGGAUGUCCAAGACAGUCCUAUGAGAUGAAAUUUCAUUACACUUAACAAACAUACAAGACGUGUUUAAUACAAGAUGUUCAAAGCGAGUGUAAUACAACAUAAAGCGACUACUUGUGGCUCCCAUAUUUCAUUUUUAACAUAAUAAUAUCUCCCAUAUUUCAUUUUUACUUGUGGCUCGUUUGGAUAUGACAUUAGUUGUUAA